AUGGGCUUUCUCAUCUUUAGCUGCGUCAGAGCGAUUUUCCUGUCGUCCGUUUAUAUCGGACUUCACUUCUUUCCCAUCAAGAACAAGCUUAAUCUCGCGCACAUGAUAUUUGUUGUUCUCUCAACUAUCUUUUGGGUCGUAUCUGGCGUUCUCAUUUACCAGAUCUGGCAAUAUGUUGAGUGCCAAAACAACGGCAUACCGAGCAGCGUCGAUGAGUUCAAGAGCCAGGUCUCUGGUGGGCUGAGCCUGUGCCACGAGAUCAAGAUUAUCGAGAUUCUGGCAUGGGUCAUCGCCGGCGUCAGCGUCAUUGCUGCUAUACCUGUUGUUAUGACAACCAUGAAAAUGAGGAAAGAAAGGCGACAAAGACGCACCGGUGGCAAGACGGCGACGAGUGCCUGA